AUGACAGGAAUCUUCAAUAUGGAUGAUGAUGCCGAUUUAUCAACGAAGCUAGAGAAAAAGCUUAAUUUGAACUACAGGCUAGUUGAUGAGAACGGUAUCACCGCAAUAGACGGAGAUGAUAUAAAUGAUACAGUUGGUGAAUUACCACGGCCAAUACCAGCGAAAACUACCAGAAGAAAUAGCAUACCAUCAAGCAUUAAACCCUCCUCUUAUGAAAUUGACAUCCAGGAGUCAUAUGUUUCGUCUUUAAAUAAUACGAAUAGUUUCAAAAAUUAUAAACCAAAAUUAUCAGAUUUCGAGCCAAUAAAGGUUUUAGGCAGAGGUGCUUAUGGUAAAGUUAUAUUGGUUAGAGAAAUUUCUACAAAUAGAUUAUUUGCACAGAAACAACUCAAGAAAGCAUCGUUGGUAAUAAAUGAAACUAAUGAAAUACAUCAGAUAAACUACAACAGAACAAUUAAUGAAAAAUCCAUUUUGGAAAUAGUUAAUCAUCCCAAUAUUGUUAACUUGUACUAUGCAUUUCAGGAUAAUGAUAAAGUUUAUUUAAUAUUGGAAUACCUUAGUGGUGGAGAAUUGUUUCACCAUUUAGCACAGGAGAAGUUUAUGAGCGAAAAGAAUGCUUCUUAUUAUAUUGCACAAAUAAUUUUGGCCUUGAGAUAUUUGCAUAAUAAGCUCGGAGUUAUAUAUAGAGACUUGAAGCCUGAGAAUUGUAUGUUAAAUUCGUAUGGCAAUUUGGUGUUGACAGAUUUUGGUUUGUCUAAAGUUUCCACAACAGACGAAAAAAAGCACUCGAUGACUGGUACAGUCCAGUAUAUGGCACCAGAAAUUUUGAAAAACGAACCAUAUACAUACUCUGUUGAUUGGUGGUCAUUGGGGUGUGUUGCUUAUGAUCUAUUAACAGGCUCACCUCCAUUCAAUGGUAACAACAAUAAAAAAAUUAUGGAGAAGGUUAUUUCCUCGAAGAAGACUUUGAAAUUUCCUUUUUAUCUUUCGUUGGAUGCUAAAGAUUUGUUAAGAAAGUUAUUACAGCCAAAUCCAGAUAAGCGAUUCAAUAUUGAUAAUGAUUUUGAUCUGUUAAAGAGACAUCGUUUUUUCAGACAUAUUGAUUGGUCACAAUUGGAAAGUCCAGAUUAUCAAUUAGAAACAUUACCGCCUAUAUUGCCUAUUAUCACUGACCCAAUAUUGGCCGAAAAUUUUGAUGAAGAAUUUACUGAGAUGUCAUUUACUCCACCAAGCAAUGGAAGUGAUAGAAUUCACUGUGCAGCUGGAACCAAUCAAUCUGAUAUAUUGCAUAUAAAAGACUUUACAUUCACUAAUGAUAGCUACUUGAACUCAGUGUUCAAAGUAUAA